AGGAAAAAUAUAUAUAUAUAUAUAUAUAUGUAUAUCUUUUGUGUUCGAAGUCUUUUGCUUAUGUGAGAAGUUUCUCUUCCAAAUUCAUCCCUCGAAAAAGCUUGCUUCUUCAAUCACUCACAGACACUGCUCUUAAUCGGUCACUUUUACAGUUGCAGCUACUUGGCGGACUCGUUUAUCAGUCACUCUAUCUGCCUUUAUGUAUGGACGUGGAGCAAGUUUCAAGUUUCGUGGUGUUAGUGUUCGUAUGCUGGAGGUGCAUGUGAGUUUUCCAUGGAGACACUGGUUGGAAUUGAAGAUAAUGACGAGGGGAAGCUUGAAGACAGUGGUAUUGAUAGAAGUAGCUCUGCUCUGUCUUCACCAAAGCAGAUUUCCAACCCAGUUAUGUACAAGCUCGUGCGGGUUGAAGGUGAUGGGAGGUUGGUUCCUGCAACAGAUGAUGAAUUAAUUGAGGUGGAGGAUUUCCUUGAAUACGAUCAGAUUGAAAUGGGUGUUGAUGCGGACACUGGACUUCAUGAAGGAUGUUCACCAAUUGAAAGGUCUUCCUCUGAGAAGCUUCAAUUAGAGUGCUUGGAAGAUACUGCAGAGGCAGAUCCAGGGAAAUUAAAUGCACGACUUCAGUAUAUUGAGCAGAUGUUGCAAAAGGUCAAGGAGGAAGAGAAGCUUCGUUUGGCCUGUGGAUCACCUGGUCUUUCUUAUGUAAAUGUAGACAGCCAGUGUUCUGCUGCUGAUUUGCCUAUCAUGGAUGGAAUGUUUCAGUGUGAUGCUUCAUUCCAGGAAAUUAUUCCUUCUGCAGCACCUUCUUUAAAUGACAGCCAUAGUAAUCAAUCACAAAACGUUGGUGGGUGUUCUAGACCUUCCGAAGGACAGACAGAGAGUGGAUCACCUACUUCUGCUGUCUAUUCUUCUUUGAAGCCUGAUUUUUCAAUGAUAAAAGGAGAAAUAUGCUUGGACAAGUUAUCAAUCAGAGAACUUCAUGAACUGUUCAAAGUGACUUUUGGUCGGGAAACUACUGUGAAAGACAAGCAGUGGCUGAAGAGGAGGAUUGCUAUGAGUUUAACUAACUCAUUUGAUGUUUCAGCAACAACUUUCAUAGUUAAAGAUAACAAAUUAGUUAAAAAAUGUGAGGAAGGUAGUGAUGGAAAUGUGGACGCUGUACUCUUCAAGGAUACUACAGGUGGAGAAGAGGAUAUCAACUAUAAGGAUUCAUCAUGUGCUGAGGAUACUGGAAAUGAAGAUAAUCAAGUUUUUUCUGGAAAGAGACUGAGAAGUCAUAAAGUGGAACAUGAUUUGUGUAGUGAGAGUCUCCAGACAGAACAAAGAGCUGCUAAAAGAAUCCGUAAGCCCACUAGGAGAUAUAUUGAAGAGCUUUCUGAAAAUGAGUCCAGGGACCAGAAUCCUAGGUUGUUGAGUUCACACAGAAGUAUGGAACUUGGACAUGUCUCGCCAAACUCAUACAAUGGACCUGUUAGGAAUGCCUUUUCAGACGGGAGAAGUGUUGUAACUAGGUUUGACUCUCUGGGAGGUUCUGGAAUUUACAUUCCUUGUGUUUCCCGGAUCCGAAGAUGUCGGCCAAGGAAAAAUAUCAUGCCUCUUAUGAAUGAUAUGAUUUCCACCCAGAAAUUCCAUCAAAGUAAUGGCAUGGUGGAGGUUGCCAACCUAAGCAAUAAGGCCCUUGGAGAGCAUGGUUCUCAGGAAGACGAGGGAUGGGACAAAGUCUUAAAAUCAAGAUCCUCACCUUCAAAGUUUCAGCGGCAAUUUACUGUUGAGCAGAAAGAUCGACAGGAAUUGAGACUGAGAAAGGCAGAGCUAUCUAGCUAUAGUUUAGAUGACAACAUAGUGACUGUCCCCACUUCAAAAGGCGGAAUGAGAAGGAAACAUCAUAGAGCAUGGACCCUUGUUGAGGUGAUGAAAUUGGUUGAAGGUGUAUCACGGUGUGGAGCAGGGAGAUGGUCUGAGAUCAAACGGCUUUCUUUUGCUUCCUACUCAUAUCGUACGUCUGUUGAUCUUAAGGAUAAGUGGAGGAAUUUGCUUAAAGCUAGCUUUGCGCAGGCAGCUUCAGAUGAGGGUCUGAACUCACGGAAGCAUGGUACAGUCCCUAUUCCUGAACCAAUUUUGGUACGAGUAAGAGAGCUUGCUGGGAUGAAUUCUCAAGUACCUACAAGCUUCAGCUCAAGCAAUCAACUAACAGCCUGUGCUGGGGUUGCUCAUGAUGAUAGAUCAGGGUUCUUGUAGCUUUGUAAAUAAUACCAGUUUACUUGUCAGGCUAUAAGAAUAAUAAGCUAACUUUUGCACUGCCCUAAACCCAUCGUAUCUUGGACGGUUGCUCGGAUCCAUCAAGUCUUGUAGGCGUUAAGAAAUUGUCCAGAAGUGUAAUGUACUGACGCGUUCGUUAGUUUCAUUGUGGUAGUUCUUCACUGUAACUGUUUCGAUCUUUUUCUGUAAAUCUGUUUCAUUGUGUUGGUUCUUCACUGUAACUGUUUCGAUCCUUUUCUGUAAAUCUCUGAUCUUGAAAAUACGUGCAUUGGUCCA